AUGAGCAGCUCCGAUCCGAUCGACCACAUGUCGGUCAAUGAGCGGCUGGCGCGGCUGGCGCGGCUGGCGACGCCGUCGGCCCCGGCGGAGGACGACGUGGACGUGGACGUGGACGCCGACGGCGACGGUGCGACCUUCCGGGACAUCCACCCGUCGCCGGCGCCGGCGCCGCUGCGGCAGCCCUCCUGGGACGUGGCGAGCCAGCGCUCGCUGUCGUCCUACUCCGAGGAGCAGUUCAUGUCCAGCAGCAUGGGCCGCGAGUUCACGGCCAUGGUGGACGCGGGGGGCGCUUCGGCCGACCCUUGCCUCGGCCGGGACUCCGGCGCCGGGAACAACGACCUGCAGCUGGCGCGGAUCGGUGAGCACGAGCCCGUGCCGGAGACGGAGACGAACCCGCUGGCCAUCGUGGCGGACACCGGCCGUGCGCUGCCACCGGCGCCGGCGCAGUCGUCGUCCUCGUGCGCGGCGCCGGAGAGAGCGCAGGAGGUGGUGGAGGUGCGGCAGGUGAAGAAGGAGGAGGCGGAGGCGAAGGUGGCGGCGUGGCAGGCGGAGGAGGUGGCCAAGAUCAACAACAAGUUUAAGCGGGAGGAGGUGGUGAUCAACGGGUGGGAGAACCAGCAGAUCCACACGGCCACCGCCUACCUCAGCAAGAUCGAGAGGAAGCUGGAGGAGGAGCGCGCCAAGGCGACGGAGAAGGCGCAGAACGAGGUGGCGCGGGCGCGGCGGAAGGCGGAGGAGAAGCGGGCGUCGGCGGAGGCGGCGCGCGGGACCAAGACGGCCAGGGUCAUGGACCUCGCCAACUUCAUGAAGGCCGUCGGCAGGCUGCCCACCAAGCGAUCCUUCUUCUCCUUCUCCUCCUCCUAA